UCGACAUUCGCCAUAUUGCUUUGAACAAAGUAAUUCAAUUUGGCGUUUGGCUGAAAAAUAAAUACGCAUCGCAUGGCGCAUUGUAAAAAUUGUCAAUAGUAAAUUAAUUUCAUAGCAUUAUUGUAAAGAACAUAAUUGUUAUAAUAAACAAACACCAUGAUGUAAAGUAUGAAAUAGCAGUUUCUAAAUUUCAGUGGAUCUGACUUCCCCCUCCGCCGAUGCCCUCAUGAACCCCACCCGGUGAAAUGUCGCGCGGGUCCGACGCUGGCACCUAGACCAAGAUGGCCGACGCCUACGCCAAGAAGCGAACGCUCGUGCGCAGGAACUACGCACGGGAGGGGCAAAUGCUUGAGAGUCUGGGGAAUGGCUACAUCUUCGACGGGGCGAUCACACCCGCCACAGUCAUCGAGACCAACAUUUUCGUCAUGUGCGUCAAGUACCUGCACAACUUCGACCUGCUGGCGGCGGGCUUCUUCGACGGCUACGUGCGCCUGUUCUCCGCCAAGGACGCCGAGCCGGCCGGCGAGAUCAUGGACAUCCAGCUGCGCGUGAACACGGCGCCCGUGACCAGCAUCAAGCACGGCGGCUCCAGUGGCUACGUCACCAACAAGUUUGUCGCCACGUACGGCAACGGCCUGGUCAAGUGCUGGAACUACGAGAGCCGCAAGUGCGAGUACACCAUCAUCGAGAAACGCGAGACACUCGGACUGGAGUUCCACCCCUCCGCCACCAGGUUCGCCACCGUCGGGAACAACCCCCUCAUCAACAUCUACAGCGAGGACACGCACCGGCUGGAACAAGUGCACAGCCCCAGCCCGGAGCCCGAGCGGCUGUCGGGACACUCGUCGAACGUGCUGUGCGUGCGCUUCCACCCGCUGGACACCAACGAGUUCGUGACGGGCGGCUGGGACAACACCGUGCACGUGUGGGACCUGCGCCAGCGCUCGUCCGUGCGACACUUCUCCGGGGUGCACAUGUGCGGCGACGCCAUCGACUUCUCCGCGGCCGGCAGCCAGCUGCUGACGUGCGCCUGGCAGGAGGAGGAUCCCCUGCAGCUGUGGGACUACGGCUCGGGACGGCUCAUCGCUGCCCUCCACCCGGACGUGUUCAGCUCCAAGCUGUUCUGUGGCGGCUACAUCCACAAGGACUUCGUGGCAUGCGGUGGCACAACAGAUAACCUGUUCCGAGUUGUUGAUCUUCGCAAUAACUCGACGUACGGCGUGAUGCGCGGGAUGCCCAAAGGAGUGUUCUGCAUGGACGUCGGGCCCCCGCGACCCAAGCGCAACUCCCAGCCGCAGCUGCCCAGGCUCGCCAUUGGCUGCGGGGCCAGCAUCCUCGAGAUCGACUACCGCUGAGCUCCUCCCCCACAGUUCCACGACCAGCCCUGUCCACACUCCAGCACACACCAAAUACACCGCACUUCCUUCACACGUUUCAGCAGUUUUAUUGUUCUACCACUUCUUUAUCUCAUUAAGAUUUUCAUCUGUGUACCCAUUUUAGGAUUACCAGUGGCGUAGCUAAGGUGACUGGCGCCCCUGGCCGGAAUUGAAAAUGGCGCCCGCUCUUGGUUUAAUAGAGAAAGAGGGGGCAGGGGAGGGUUCAGUAAUGCGAAAACGUCGCGGCGGCGGCGGCGGCACCCCCCCCCCCCCACUGGCGGGGGCCAUCCCUGCCACCCGCUUGCUACGCCACUGAGGAUCACAACAGUACAUUUUCAGAGCAGUGGAUUUUGAAGGGAAUAUGUAUUUUAAAAUGUACAUUACCGUUUCUCAUCAACAUAACAAAUUUCAAUGUUUCAUUCAAAGGAUUGCCCUGUUUUUUUUUUUUAAUUGUCUCAUAUUUCAGGUCUUGUGUACUUUCUUUAUGUUCCUGACAGAAUCUUUACUUUAUAUAACUAAAAUUAUGUUAUGUGAGUUAACAUUACCAAGAAAUGGAAUACUGAACACCCAAUUAUGACAACAGCGAAACAUGAUAUUGCUAAGAGUAGAUACAUGCUUUUUCUGUGGCCAUUUAAGAAAUAAGAUGGCUAGAUAAAACAUGUUAUAAAAUUCUUACUUUUAAUGUAGCUAAGUUAAAGUAAUGUCUAUAUAUUAGUGUGGCUAUGGCACAGAAAAUAUUAAGAAAGCAUUGUACCCUGCACCAGUCUCAAACAUGAUACUACACAUUACAUUUGCAACAUGUAUUACACCAGAAACCUGUUAUGUGGACAAUCAUGCGACCAUGAUUGAAAUUAAUGGAAAGCCAUGUAGUUUCCAGCCCACCCCGCAACCGCGAAGCUUGUUCUUGCAAGAGAGCGCUUCAGUCUGCCAUCGACUGAGCUUCUUCUAGCCGUCUCUCCGGAGGGCUUUGCACCCGAGCUCUGGCCACAGUAGCCCGGUGGCGAACUAGUUCUCGUUCAUUUGGAAAACCAGUCUGAAAUAAAUAUAAAAAAUAUAUAUUUACGGUAGGUAUCACACCAAACCUACAGAAACAUACAACUUAACUCACUAGUGUACUUAGUUCAGUUAGAUUAAAUUUAUGUAGCUAGUAGUGCACAACCCAAAUAAUAACUUACCUCCUCUGAAAAAUAACUUUUAUUGUACUUGUGCUUAAAAUAUUCAUGGUUUCGACUCUCCAUCUGAAUAAUGUAGUCACGCUUCACCUUCGUCAGCUAUUUCAUCAUUGGUGACAUCUGGUUGUUGUUACAUUGUAAAAUUAUAAGCCUAUGUGUAAGUAAAUAAACAGCAUUAAACUUCGUACUACGUUUUU